CCUCCUCCUCCCCCCUCCCCCUGUAUUCAGGAGAGUGAGAGAGAGGAGCAGCCCUAGAGAGCCUGGAGGAGGAGGAGGAGGAGGGGGAAGGGUGCAGGGACAGGACACCUCCUGGGCCUCUUUGUGGGAGACACAGAAAAGGGGGUGGUGGUGAGAGUGAGUGGGAGACAGAGAGGGAGCAGCACACUGCCAGCCCAGGGGCCACAGCAGCACACAGCAUCCAGGAGCCAGCCUGCAGCCAUUGUCAGGGGGUGGGUGGAGAGGGGAGGACACUGGAAACAAAGAGGGAAGAGGCCAAGAAGCAGCCAGCACUCAGUCCCCCAGCCCCAGCCUGGCCGGCCCGGGCCCUAGCACACAGGCAUGUUGUAGCCGCUGCAGCCUGCUAGCUUCCCCCGGUGCAUCUGUUUCCUUUCUGCAGGGUGUUCCUCCAAGUCAUUCAAGCUGUACUCGCCAAAGGAGCCCCCCAACGGCAACGCCUUUCCCCCAUUCCACCCAGGCACAAUGCUGGAUCGAGAUGUGGGGCCUACCCCUAUGUAUCCACCAACAUACCUGGAGCCUGGGAUAGGGAGACAUACGCCGUAUGGGAACCAGACCGACUACAGAAUAUUUGAACUGAACAAACGUCUGCAAAAUUGGACAGAGGAAUGUGAUAAUCUCUGGUGGGACGCCUUCACUACAGAGUUCUUCGAAGAUGACGCCAUGUUGACCAUUACCUUCUGCUUGGAGGACGGACCAAAGAGAUACACAAUCGGACGGACGCUUAUUCCCCGGUAUUUCCGAAGCAUAUUCGAGGGUGGAGCCACAGAGCUGUACUACGUCUUGAAACACCCCAAGGAGUCAUUCCACAAUAACUUCGUCUCCCUUGACUGUGAUCAGUGCACGAUGGUCACACAACACGGGAAACCCAUGUUCACACAGGUGUGCGUAGAGGGGCGAUUAUACCUCGAGUUUAUGUUUGACGACAUGAUGAGGAUAAAAACCUGGCAUUUCAGUAUCCGGCAACAUCGAGAGCUCAUUCCCCGGAGUAUUCUCGCCAUGCAUGCCCAGGACCCCCAAAUGUUGGACCAGCUGUCAAAGAACAUCACAAGAUGUGGACUUUCAAAUUCUACGCUUAACUACCUCCGACUGUGUGUCAUUCUGGAGCCAAUGCAGGAGCUUAUGUCCCGGCACAAGACGUACAGUUUAAGCCCUCGCGAUUGCCUAAAGACUUGUCUUUUCCAGAAAUGGCAGCGGAUGGUAGCACCACCUGCGGAGCCAGCCCGACAGGCCCCCAAUAAGAGGAGGAAAAGGAAGAUGUCUGGUGGCAGCACAAUGAGCUCUGGAGGGGGCAACACAAACAACAGUAACAGUAAGAAGAAGAGUCCGGCCAGUACUUUCGCCCUCUCCAGCCAGGUACCUGAUGUAAUGGUGGUGGGCGAACCAACCCUGAUGGGAGGAGAAUUUGGGGACGAAGAUGAGCGACUGAUAACCCGCCUGGAGAACACUCAGUUUGAUGCUGCCAAUGGGAUUGAUGACGAGGACAGCUUCAAUAACUCUCCCGCACUAGGCGCCAACAGCCCAUGGAACAGCAAACCACCCUCAAGCCAAGAAAGCAAAUCUGAAAACCCAACCUCACAGGCUUCACAGUAAAGAAAAAAAAAUACAAACAAAAAUAAAUAGAUUAAAACAAAUAUAUAUAUGUGUAUAACAGGCCGAUGUGGAGGAACAAAAAAAAAAAAAAUGUUGUUUUAAAAUAAAAGACGAGAAAAAUAAAAAAAAUGAAAAAAAAAUAAAAGUUCAAACUUAUCUACCUGUAAAUUGAAAUAAAAAAAGACAUUUUAAAUUGGAACACCUUUGCUGCAGGUCAUACCUUUUUUAGGAAAGGGGUUACUGUGAGCUGGACUGAGGUACUGUGGACUAAUAACUACACAUAAAUGGGGGUCUAAGAUGUAAUUGUUCUAUGGCCCGAUCAAGUCUUCAGCCAAUCAAUAUACUAGGAACUAGUGCCAUCCAUGAGGCAUGAACAAAAUGCCUCAUGCCUCAGGAGCGUCACUGGUUCCUAGUGAAUUGAUCAGCCUCGUUCUCGCAGCUUUUUCGACCGGACUUCUCUCAAGCCUCAAAUAUAUCUUUUGUCCCAUUUUAUAAUUAUACCUAUAGGGCCCUUUUUAAGUACUAUAAGCAGAGCAAACCCUGUACCUAAAGGUAAUACCAGGCAUCCAGGGCAUAUCCUAUACAGGGCUCUCCACCAAUAUUCGCCUUUUAUAAAAGGCCUUGCCAGGGCAUUUGUGGAAUCCUCACAUUUUCAAAUAACAGAGCAGUAAAAUGAUUUGGCUAACCACAUAGUAUUUGUAUGUAGCCUGGUGGUCAGCAUGCUAUUAAAUUGUACAUAGCCUUGUUUUUAUGGACACUGGGAUAAAGGGGAACUCCACCUUCAGAGUUCUGUUGCCCAAAGUAGGGUUUUGUGUAUACAGUUGUACAUACAUAGCAAAUGUAUUGUUUUUUAGGACAGCAGAAAUCUUGUUAGGCAAUAAAGUGCUCUGUAGGGGGAGUUGACCUUUUAAAAAAAAAAAAUAAAAAAAAAUUAAAAGGUGUAUUCCACUUCUAGAAAUAUUUAAAAAAAAAAAAAAAACAUUUUAAUUUGCACAUUUCCUCCUUGCAACAUUACCAAAUACUAUGGUCUUUAUUUGCUGUAUUAUCUAGGGAGAUUUGUUUCUUAUUUUGAAUUCAACGUUCAUUCAAAGUGAACAUAUCUGCCUAGGUGGUCCAGAUGCCUUUGGUGGAAAGGGCAGGUGGGGUUUAGAAGGCUCAAAGAAGGUAUUGUAGUUGCAGGAGGGUAUAUGCAAUCCAAGAAAUCAUAUGGUCCUGCUUUCUUCAGUUACGUUUUCUUUUUUUUUUUUUUUUUUAACUGGCAGCGUAAAGUACCUAUUGUACGCUGCUAGCCAUCUUUUCUGUCAUGGCGGUGGUAUUUACUAAGUUUGUUAGGUAUUUCCUUUUUCGUUUGUUUUUCCUUUUCCAGAUCAUUGUCCACAAUCCUUACCUUAAGUCAAUAGCCGACAAUGUUGUAGUUUCAGGAUCCACAGUGCCUCAUUCCUGCUUGCGGGGUUUUUUUUUUUUUUCUAUUUUAUUUUAAUUUUAUUUUUUAUCUUUUUUUUUUCUUUCUGUUUUUGUUUUGUUUUCUUGUUUUAUUUUUAAAUAAUAUUAUUAAAAAAGUAAGUUAAAAAAAUGCUGUCCUGAUUUUGUACUAGCUUAUUCUAUAUCUCUGGGGAAUCUUGUUUUAUACAGUUCCAAAAGCUUCAAACCAAGGAAAGACUUUGCAGAAUUCCUUUGUAAUCCCUCCAAGUGGAAGAGAAGAGAAAGUGUUUCUUAUAUGUAAAACUGUGUGAUACUCUCUCUCCCUUCUCCUCACCCAGCUGUUCUCUCGCUUGGGUUUUGUGUAUCUUGUGCCUGUAUAUUUUCCGCUCCGUAGAAAGCAGUGUGUAAUUCUAGUAUUAAUGUAUUAUCAUUUAGAAAAGAUUACUUUUUUAUAUAUAUAGAGCCGAUACGAUAUUUGGGGGUGGGUUCGAGGGAUAUUCCCAUGUUCCCAUUUUUGUAGGGGUCCGGAAUAUUGAGGGAUGUACAAAAUGGGGUUGAUUUAUGGUCACCAGUUCACUGUAAUUAUGUAACUUUUACGAUCUAAUUUUAAAUUGUGUAUAGGUGCAAGACCCCCUUUUAAGGUCUUCAAAUCCCAGUGCAGAGUCAAAACAGACUUUGUUGGAAGCAAAAUAAUUAAAGGGUUAUUAUUAUGAUUAUUAUUAUUAUUAUUAUUAUUAUUAUUAUUAUUUUUCUUUUUGUCCUUUAUUUGGAAAACCUGUGCUAAAAAAAUGUCUAUUUAAUUUUUGUUUUAUUAUUAUAUAUAUAUUUUUUCACACAGACCUUCAUAUCAGCCAGACUCAGUGUGGUCCCCCCCCCCCCCCCCCCCCAAAUUGGGUACCAUGCAGACCUGCUGCAUAUGCACAGAGCUAAGCCAUGUCAUAUUCAAGGGCAAAGAAAUUGGCAAGCUAGAUAUGUCAUGAUAUACAGUAUAUAAAAUCUCUUCAACUUAAACCUAAAACUUAAGAAGUUUUUUCAUGUCCAAUGAGGGCAGUUAUAUUCAUUGCUAACUACCUCCUCUCCGGCAGAGUCUCUGCAUGGUAAAACCUUUUGUUCUACAACAGCUGAACAGCCACCAGUUCUUCUGUCUUAGGGUUCUAUUGACUCCCUGUAAGUGGUGGAUGUAAAUGCACUAGACACUGGAGGACGCGAGAAUGUGCACUAAAGCAGGGCCUAUCUGCAUUGUGUCGUAAUAAUCGACCUGUUCAGUCAGUCAGUUUUCACACAUCUGGAACACAUUCAGAUUUGCAUACAAGUUCACCGGCGCACAUGGGCCUCUUGUAGAUGUUCAAUAAGUGCUGUCUAGUAUUGGAGAAGGGGGGGGGGGGGGGGGGGCAGGCAAAGGACCAUUAUAACAUUAUCUUCUAAAGAGAAUUGCCGGAUUCUAGUAAAUAAGUAUGCUGCAUUGUCAUUAUUAUAUACUGGUUCUGCCCAUAAAAUUCCCACCUGUAUUGAGAGUACAGAGGGCCUGGUUCAGGUUUGUUAGUAAAAGUUGAAAAGCACACAACUGGGCGGAACCAUGCUGUGCUGCAGGUGGGGCAGAUAAAACAUGUGCACAGAGUAAGAUCUGGAUGGGUUAUAUUGUUUCUGUGCAAAAUAAAUACUGGCUGCUUUUGCAUGUAGCCUACAAAUGUUCCACAUCUUUAUUUUAAACUGCAAUUUAGAUUUCAGUUUGAACACAACCCACCCAAAUCUAACUCUCUCUGCUCAUGUUAUAUCUGCCCCACCUGCAGUGCACAUGGUUUACCCAGCUGUGUACUUUUUGCUUUGCAAACAAACCUGAAUCAGGCCCAAUGUUCUUCCUGGGUGAUCCCAUCAUUUAUCAGUGGAGGCAAUGGGUGUAUCUGACUGAUCACCUCACACCCAGUUACGUUGUGCCCUCUCCCCCCGUGAAUGAUGGGAUAGGUGGAGCCUAGGCUCUUUCACAUGUGUCUCCCAUUCAGGGGCAAAUGUAAAAAGUUGCGGUUUGCGGCAGAUGACUUGAUGCCAUUGAGAGAUUUAAAGCAGCUCUUGAUGGAAUUGUGCCGGCUCCUGCCAAUCGCAGGCUAUUACAUUUGGGCCUCUGUGUAUGUCUAGUCCUUAUGUUUGCUAGUCCUAUUGAAGAGAUUAUGGUAGGGACACACUGAUAUAUACAAUGUUUCUGCACAAUUGUUUUGGUUUCAUUUUAAUUGGUCACUUGCACUGCGUGGUGUGUAGUCAUGAAAAGACUACUGCAUCGCCAAAAACCAUUGUUGAAAAUUAGUUCUGCCCUGUAAACGUCCAUCUUUUUACCGUGUGUGUGUGUGUGUGUGUGUGUGUGUCCAGAGUCAGGAGGUCAUCAUGAUCUCUCGUCCUGUUCCUACUUUUCUGCAGAUAGAAAUCUUCAUGUAAAGCCCUAAUGCACUUCAUGUAGUUAUGGCUGUGUGUAUGCGCAGUGCACAUGGGGGUCAUUCCGAGUUGUUCGCUCGUUAUUUUUUUCUCGCAACGGAGCGAUUAGUCGCUAAUGCGCAUGCGCAAUGUCCGCAGUGCGACUGCGCCAAGUAAAUUUGCUAUGCAGUUAGGUAUUUUACUCACGGCAUUACGAGGUUUUUUCUUCGUUCUGGUGAUCGUAAUGUGAUUGACAGGAAGUGGGUGUUUCUGGGCGGAAACUGGCCGUUUUAUGGGAGUGUGUGAAAAAACCCUGCCGUUUCUGGGAAAAACUCGGGAGUGGCUGGAGAAACGGAAGAGUGUCUGGGCGAACGCUGGGUGUGUUUGUGACGUCAAACCAGGAACGACAAGCACUGAACUGAUCGCACUGGCAGAGUAAGUCUCGAGCUACUCAGAAACUGCAGAGAAGUCUUUUCGCAAUAUUGCGAAUCUUUCGUUCGCAAUUUUGAUAAGCUAAGAUUCACUCCCAGUAGGCGGCGGCUUAGCGUGUGCAAUGCUGCUAAAAGCAGCUUGCGAGCGAACAACUCGGAAUGACCCCCAUGGUCAUUAGGUCGCCAGUCAUUAGGGUGCCCUCUAUUGGUUGACAUGCAUUAGCUCGACAGGGUCACUGAGUCGACAUGGAUAAAGGUCGACAUGCGGUUUUAACUUUUUUUUUAUUUUUUACUUUUUCAUACUUUUCGAUACACGUGGGCUAUGAUUGGGAACAGUAACUUUGCCCGAAGCAUGACGAGCAGACACGGUGCACUUAUUGGGGUUCCCCGUCACUUUACAAUGAAAAUGGCACCAAAAAAACCUAAAAAAAAACAACUAAUGUCACCCUUUUUCCAUGUCGACCUAAUUGCUGUGUCGCCCUAAUCACUGUUGACCCUAUGACCCAUACACGUAUGGGCAGGUGUUGCUCAUCCAGUCACAGUAAUUGGCUUUCUGGUCAUUUUUAACAAUCCCAUUUACUGUUUCACUUAUCUAGUUGAUCACCAAAUAAACUCCCUUCCUCAUGUUACGACAGACUUACGCAAGUGUCCAAUAUGACCUAGAAAGCUGUAUUGUAAUUUGUUUCACACGUAAAAUAAAUUGGAUCAUAUUUUCUUUAGAUUUCACUCUCUAGUGUUUCUUAGAUUUCUUGCAAGCGCUAAAUUUGACCAACUGUGAUCUUGUUGUGUUGAAUGAUGGCGACACCUUCGGUAAAACAUUUCCUUUAAUGUAAUCGCUUUCCAUUACUCACGCAGAAUUCUCUUUGUUUACACACAAAGUUGGCCAUUUGGUAAUGUUAAAUCUGACAUAAUAUUUUGAGAAGUUGAACCUGACUAUGUCACAUCCAGUACUCCCAUUAGACACCUAUGUUUAUGGUGCAAAUAUUCCAGGGGCACCUAAAUCCCUCAGUAAUGUGACAUUUAGGGAAUGCAAUCACUCUCAUUGCAUACUCUGAACUGUGCUCCAUGACCGAAGGGGCGCCCCGGCUCCCGACACCUUGCUGCUGAUUGCAAGUAAUAAACGAUAUUGCGGUGUAUCAUUCAGUCUGUACGACCAACCAACAUCUUGCCCCACCGGGUGCAAUGUUGACCGGCAUACACACUGUUCUAGUGUGUACCCAGCCUAAUUGUUCCAAUUGUCAGGUGCUGCCAGUCGCAUGCUGUCGUGAGCAGUAAUACAUUAAUAGCCUAAAGCCCCCCCCCCCCCUCUCUCUCUCUCUCUCUCUCUCUCUCUCUCUCUCUCUCUCUGCUGUCACAUGACCACCAAGGAGCUUGGUGACUGGCUCAGACUGAUAUCGGGUUCCACUUUCCUGGGACAAAGCAAAGAGAGGAAAUGUUUUUGGUUGUUUUGGUAUGUUCUCAUUUUUGCUAUGGCAAUCAUACAAAUGUCUAAAGUCAUACUUGCCCCCUCUUCCUGAAUUUCUGGUAGACUCACAUAUUUUGAGGAGAGCUUCCAGGUUCCCAGGAAAUGUUAGAAAUAUCCCAUACUCGGGUGCUUCUAUAGUGAAGUGGGCGGGGCAAACAUUGUGACCCAGUGUGCUAUGGUGAUGGUGGAAACAUGGCAAAUAGAGGCGGGAGUAUAGAGCUGCAGUUUGUGGUACCAUGUAACGUCUUCUCCCACCUGAACCUCACUCUCCACGGACCUCGCAGAGAGGGUAUUGGCAGGAGGAAAAUAAAUUGGGAUUGCACCUUUUAAUGAACUGCAUGAUACAUUUAAAUAUUUGUUUUCUGCCACUGUCCUGUUGGUCAUUUCAUACAAGAGGUGUGGGAUGCAGUCAAUACUCCAGCUAUUGGGAUCCCGGUGUUCAGGAGACGGACGCUGGAAUCCCAACACCCGCCUGGUAUGCUCACUCGGUUGGUGGGUCCACGCCACCAACCGAGUGGAAACAGAACCUUUGGCGAGCGAGGGGAUUCGCUGCCGGGAUUCCGGCAGAUGGGGUGUUGCUGUCGGUAUAGUGACAGUCAAUAUCCCUUCUGCUGGGAUAUCAUAUGUAUCCUGUGGGUGUAUACUGUAUGUACAUAGGUGUAUUCAUGUAUGUACACUAUUACUUUAGAUAUGUUUUCCCUGUACUAUUACAGUAAACCACUAGGGGGAGCACAACUACUGUACACAAUUAUAUAAACAUUCAGACAGGUAUAAUAUGUAAUAAAGGUAACCGCGUCAGCUGCUCUGACCUCCCCAAUGUGUUAUUCAUUGAUGUUGUCUUUUAAAGGUGAAUAUGUUCUUUCACGUAGGGAUGGGCGCAGUUAUAUAAGUUACCUGAAUGUGAGAAAUCUAGAAACUAUAUACAUUUUAAGGCACCAAGGUACAAGGUGCUAGUAUUAGUUCACAUAGAUUAUUAAUGUGAGUUAGCCAAAGCCGUAUUAUCCUGGGCUGUUCUACAUCUUUCUCCGCAGCGGGUGUGCUCUGAUUCUGGGCAAAACCAAUAUUCAUAACAAUGCAACCAAAUGAUUUACUAGAAUUUGGUGACCUCAUUCAUUUAUUAAAAGAGAUUUUUAUAUAGUGCAGCAAUUGGAAACAGCGAUAAGCUAAAACAGUGAAAAAAACAAGACUGGGUAAUAACACAGUCGUAGAGGUAGGAAGGCCCUGCUCACAAACUUACAAUCUGCACACUGUACACCGUGUCCGAAUGCCUGAUUCUGAUUGGCUAGGCAGCAUUCUCAUGAAUAUCGAUGGGCUAAGCCUGUAUAAUGUCUGCUCCUCCAGUGUGUACAGCCACAAGUCUUCUGCAUAAAGUUCUGAUCUCCGUAAUAUCUUUCUAUGUUCUGUUAAAUGUUUUAAAUUAAACCUUUUUUUUCUAGUUUUAUUUUAAUGACUGUAUGUGUGACAUUGAUGAACCCGAGUUCCCUCUUUUGCUUGUAACAACAGCUGUUUUCCUUCUUUCCGCUCUGUCUUUCCAUAAUUGUAAACUACAGCAAUAUAUCCAUUACCCAUGUCAGGAUCCUAUGUAAAUCCCCGCUGUGGGAGGUAAUGUGAGAGACUCUUAGAGACUCUUAGAAUAUAUAUAUGUAUAUUUAAAUGUAUGCUUACUACAGAUUUUUUUUCUUUGUUAUCCGGCGGUACAAUGUAUGAGGGGAUGAGCCCCUGUCUGUUUAGGAUUUUAUUUUUCCCCCUGUUGUGAAAUGGUGACAUAUACAUGACCCUAACCCCCAUCUUCCUGUAGGGUUUGCCAACAUGUGCGGUCAUUAUGACAUUGCAUAGUUUGUGCCAUUGAGUCCUGUAUGGUACCAAUAAAACUCUAGUCCUCGGUUUCAUAAUGUUCAUUUGAAUCAUUGUACUCCAACCUCCCUCCCUGCAUUAUAAGGGCCUCUGAAUUAUUUGAGGUUCAUAUUUGGUUUCUUUAUAAAUAUUGUAUAAUAAACUCUAGAUGGGUUUCUAUGUG